GCGCGAGACGCUUGGGAAUGGGAAACGGGUCACAUGCGUGGGUCACAUGCGUGGGACGCUUGGGAAUAGGAAACAGAUCACAUGCGCGGAAUGGGAAUGCAAACACACAGGAAUUGAGAAUGGGAAUGACAGAACCAGGAAUGGGGCAGCCUACCCCCUGCGUUCUUAAUUAGUAGUAUAUAGAUAUGGACUAGCAGCUAGUAUAUGUAAGAGGCUGUAAAAAGAUCCUUUACAUCCGGUAUGUAAAGAAGUUUUUUCCGGCCGGGAGCCCUUCUCCUCCACCACCCGUUUCUCUUUCUCUAGGCUCGCGCCUGCCCCGCCUUCGUUGUCGCGCCUGCCACCUGCUCGACGAAUCGCCGCUUCCGCCCCACGCCGCGAUGCCGACGCCCCUCGCCGCGGCGCUGCUGCCACUGCCCGCCUCUCCCGCACUGCACUUUCCGCGGCCGCGGCCCGGUCCCUCAUGGCGUGCGCGGCCGGCCGUGGUUAGGGCGGCCGCUCUCCGCGCCCUGCCACGGCGCCUCGAGCUCUGUCCGCCGUGCCUUGCGGCGGUCGAGAGUAACCCGGCCCCGCCACCCUUAGCUCCGCCACCGCCGGACGAGGCGAGCGCCGGCUCAGGCCUCGAUGCGAGGGCCGGGGGAGGUGGCGGUGGUGGUGACGGAGGUGGCGGCGCUGAUCUUGGGUGGUUGAGGGCUUUCCCGCAUGUGUUCACUGCGUCAAUGGCAAACUUCCUAUUCGGUUACCACAUUGGGGUUAUGAACGGUCCAAUAGAAGAUAUUGCAACCCAGCUUGGUUUUCAAGGAAAUCCGUUCCUCCAAGGUCUUGUGGUGAGCAUAUUCAUUGUUGGUGCCUUUUUUGGGAGCUUAGGCUCAUCUGCAUUAGUAGAUAAGUUCGGCUGCAAGAGGACCCUUCAGAUCGACAGUAUUCCAUUGAUUAUUGGAGCUCUCCUGAGUGCACAGGCUGAUUCUUUGGAUGAGAUGCUUUUGGGAAGAUUCCUUGUUGGCAUCGGGAUCGGCGUAAACACUGUUCUUGUUCCAAUAUACAUCUCUGAGGUUGCUCCAACAAAAUAUAGGGGCACUUUGGGGACUCUGUGUCAAAUUGGAACAUGUCUAGGCAUAAUUGCUGCACUUUCCUUGGGGAUACCUUCUGAGAGUGAUCCACAUUGGUGGCGAACAAUGCUUUAUGCUGCAUGUGUACCUGGGAUUCUUAUUGUUGCUGGGAUGCAAUUUGCUGUUGAGAGUCCACGGUGGCUUGCCAAGGUUGGAAGGUUCGAUGAUGCUAGAAAGGUUGUAGAGAGCCUUUGGGAACCUUCUGAAGUUGAGAAGUCCAUGGAAGAGAUCAAAGCUGUUGUGCUAAAUGAUGAUUCACGGGGCAGCUGGUCAGACCUUCUGGUGGAACCACAUAAUAGAGUUGCAUUGAUUGGAGGAUCCCUUUUCUUUCUGCAACAGUUUGCUGGAAUAAAUGGUGUUCUUUAUUUUUCAUCAUUGACAUUCCGUGAUGUUGGUAUCAGUAGUGGUGCUUUAGCAAGCUUAUAUGUUGGAAUAACCAAUUUUGGAGGGGCACUAGUUGCUUCAAAUUUGAUGGACAAGCAAGGGCGAAAGAAGCUUUUGAUAGGAAGCUACCUUGGAAUGGCUUUUGCAAUGUUCCUUAUAGUAUAUGGUAUUAGCUUCCCGCUUGAUGAAGGAGUUGCCCACAGCUUAUCAAUCGCUGGAACUCUUUUGUAUGUGCUUUCACUUUCUAUUCUCUCUAGCAAACCCCUUAGGGGCUUGGGCUGGUUUGGUGACAAGGGAAUUGGAGGGGAUCCAUGGAGGAGGAAAUCCAUUGCUAUACAAAAUUGUUGUUCUUCACUAGCAGAAGGCUUGCUUAGAACCUUUUGUGGAAAUUAUACCUGUGGGUUUCUCAAUGUACAUUUUUACUUUUGCAAUUGGUGCUGGACCAGUUACCGGUAUCAUUAUACCAGAGCUCAGCAGUGCUCGGACACGCUCAAAAGUUAUGGGCUUCAGUUUCACUGUGCAUUGGAUAUGUAACUUUCUGGUGGGACUAUUUUUCCUGGAGCUUGUGCACAAGUUUGGGGUUGGAGCAGUCUAUGCAGGUUUUGGUGGGGUCUCCCUGCUGACAGCACUCUUCGCCUACAAUUUCAUAGUUGAAACAAAAGGACGUUCGCUUGAGGAAAUUGAGAUGUCCAUGAGCAGUGCUACCCCUGGCAAGCAAGAGUAGAACAUCUCAACUGUAUGGACAAACUGAACAACUGACGGGAGGAAUUUAAUAAGAGAAGAGGGGGCCUAAUCCCAUGAAUCUUCAGCAGCAGCAGUUUGUUGCAAACAACAUCAACUCCUAUAGAUAAUGAGCACAAUCAAAUUCAGCUUUUCUUUGGUAGCAUGAGAAUCGUUGUACAAUAUUAAAAAGGGUGAAGAAAACGACCCUUUUAAUUUGUUUUUUGUACAUCUGAUGUAUAUAUUUUACGCCUUCUGUAGUACGUAAAAUAAAGGGAACAGAUCUUUCUGAUAUUACUUGAUUGAUGAAUUUGGAAUAUUCGCAUCCUUUGUUC